CGGUCACAGCCCCUGAGUCCUCCAAAGCUGCUGGACCCCAGGGAGUGCUGACCACCGCCUGAGCAGCCGGCUGAAUCUGCCUCCACAAUGCCGCUCUCAGGAACCCCAGCCCCCAACAAGAAGAGGAAAUCCAGCAAGCUAAUCAUGGAACUCACUGGAGGUGGAUGGGAGAGCUCAGGCCUGAACUUGGGCAAGAAGAUCAGUGUCCCAAGGGAUGUGAUGUUGGAAGAGCUGUCGCUGCUCACUAAUAGGGGCUCCAAGAUGUUCAAACUGCGGCAGAUGUGGGUAGAGAAAUUUAUUUAUGAAAACCACCCUGAUGUCUUCUCCGACAGCUCAAUGGAUCACUUCCAGAAGUUCCUUCCCACUGUUGGGGGACAGCUGGGCACAGCUGGUCAGGGAUUCUCCUAUAGCAAAGGCAGCAGUGGAGGCCAGGCAGGGGGAAGUGGCUCUGCCACACAUCAUGGCUCUGACCAGCAUCACCAUCAGGGCUCUGGGUCUGGAUCUGGGGGUACAGGUGGUCCUGGGGGCAAGACUGGCAGAGGAGGAGCUGCUGGAACAGCAGGGGUUGGCGAAACAGGAACAGGAGACCAGAUGGGUGGAGAAGGAAAACAUAUCACUGUGUUCAAGACCUAUAUUUCCCUAUGGGAGCGAGCCAUGGGGGUGGACUCUCAGCAGAAAGUGGAGCUUGGCAUCGACUUACUGGCCUAUGGGGCCAAACCUGAACUUCCCUAAUAUAAGUCCUUUAACAGGACGGCAAUGUCUUAUGGUGGAUAUGAGAAGGCCUCCAAACGCAUGACCUUCCAGAUGCCCAAGUUUGACCUGGGGCCUCUAGUGAGUGAACCCUUGGUCCUCUACAACCAGAGCCUCUCCAACAGGCCUUCUUUCAGUCGAACCCCUAUUCCUUGGCUGAGCUCUGGGGAACGAGUAGAUUACAAUGUGGAUAUUGGCAUCCCCUUGGAUGGAGAAACAGAGGAGCUGUGAGGUGUUUCCUCCUCU